UUUGGGGUUAGAAAGCUGAAACUGGAGAAGAACCAAAGUUACAAGAAACUAAUUAUUUCAAGGAAUUUCCCUCUCGUUUUCUUUCUCUUUCUCUUAUCAUUUUGCUUCUUCUUUUUUUUUUUUUUGCUCUUUGUGUUUCACAAAUUUGGUUAGACUUUGGGACCUGAGAUCCUGACUUAGCAAAACAAAAAUCAACCCUUCAACCAGCAGCUGCUUCCCAAGAAAAAAAAAAACAUAAUUUUAGCAAAAGAAGAAACAAUUAUAUACAUAGAGAAAUAGUUGAUAAUCUAAAGUUGUAGAGGUAUAGUUAGUAUAAAUAUAGUAAGGAAAUAAAAAAACAACAAAAAAAAAGGGUGGUUUUAAGGAAGAUUAUGGGGAGAGGAAGAGUAGAGUUGAAGAGGAUAGAGAACAAAAUAAAUAGACAAGUUACAUUUGCAAAGAGAAGAAAUGGGUUGCUCAAGAAAGCUUAUGAGCUCUCAGUUUUAUGUGAUGCUGAGGUUGCUCUUAUUAUUUUCUCUAACCGUGGCAAGCUCUAUGAGUUUUGUAGCAGUUCUAGCAUGCUCAAAACACUUGAUAGAUACCAGAAAUGCAGUUAUGGUGCAGUGGAAGUUAGCAAGCCAGCCAAGGAGCUUGAGAGCAGCUACAGGGAGUACCUAAAACUGAAAGCUAGAUAUGAGGAACUGCAACGAACUCAGAGGAAUCUCCUUGGUGAAGACUUGGGUCCAUUGAACUCAAAGGAGCUUGAGCAGCUUGAGCAUCAACUAGAGUCAUCCUUGAAACAUGUCCGCUCCACCAAGACCCAAUAUAUGCUUGACCAGCUUUCUGAACUUCAGAAUAAGGAACAAAUGCUAAUGGAAACUAACAGGGCUUUGUCAAUAAAGCUUGAAGAAGUUAGUGCCAGAAACCAGUUCCGAGUAUCAUGGGAAGGUGGUGAGCAAAGUGUAGCAUUCACUAACCAGCAGGCUCAAUCUAUGGGGUUGUUUCAGCCAUUGGAAUGCAAUCCAACUUUGCAGAUAGGGUACUGCAAUCCUGUUGCUUCAGACCAGAUGGCUGCAACAACUCAUGCUCAGCAAGUCAAUGGGUUUAUCCCUGGAUGGAUGCUCUAAAUUUUUUGGUUUCAGCAAUGUGGUCAAUGGCCACAAACUAGUAGCCAAAAAUGCUUCUUGAUGUUGGAAAAUGUGUAAAAAUAGUUUCAAGAGCAUAUGCAUAAUAUACUGCAUUGACAUAAACACUACUGCAGUGACUGAAUUUGCUGGUAAGACUAUUGAGACCUUGAGCCACAGACAAAAGGCAUGUGAUUGAUUAAGUUUAUAUAUAUGACAAUGGAAGACUUGACAAAAAGCUUUAUAUAUUAAAAUUAUGGUCCUUGCUUGCUUUCGCAUUA